UUAAUUAAAAUCUAGCAAAUUAAAAAGUUUGACCCGAAGCAGUCCCUCAAGCAACGAAAACCCACGACCGUGGAACCCUAAUAAUCUUCGAUUUGAUCGAUCUACGGCCUAAAAUCACAAAACUUUUCCGCAAAUUCCGGCAAGAAAUGGCGGUUCCGGUGGUGGGUGUGUUUCCGGUGUUCCUGCUGGUGAGGAUUUUGGGCAUGAUCGUAGCGGCUCUUGUUCUUACAUGGGCUGUUCACUACAGAGGAGGAUUGGCUCUUGUUUCCGACAACAAAGAUCUCAUCUUUAACGUACAUCCUGUGUUGAUGGUGAUUGGACUGAUACUCCUCAAUGGCGAAGCAAUGUUGGCUUACAAGACGGUCCAAGGUACGAAGAACACGAGGAAAUUGAUACAUCUGACGCUACAAUUGACGGCAUUCAUACUAAGCCUAGUAGGAGUAUGGGCAGCUCUCAAGUUCCAUAUUGAUAAAGGGAUUGAGAAUUUCUACAGCCUUCACUCCUGGCUCGGCCUUGCUUGCCUCUUUCUCUUCGCCUUCCAGUGGGCAGCAGGAUUCGUGACGUACUGGUACCCAGGCGGUUCAAGAAACAGCAGAUCCAGCUUACUGCCAUGGCACGUGUUCUUCGGGGUCUAUAUCUACGCCUUGGCCAUAGCGGCUGCGGUCACAGGCUUGCUUGAGAAGGCGACAUUCCUUCAGGUGAACCGGGUGAUCACUCGGUACUGUACGGAGGCCAUGCUGGUUAACUCCAUGGGCGUUCUGAUCCUUCUUCUUGGUGGUCUCGUGGUCCUUGGUGUGGUCUCUCCUGUCAAUGGCAAGUCUCAAGUCCUCACACAAUAGGCUCUCUAGAUUUUAUUUUUUCCAUAUGUUUUUUUUUUUUUGCCGAAAUGGAAUGGAGAUUACUUGUGGAUAUUUUGAUUGAAAGAGAGAACAUUCAUGAU